AUGCUCUUCGGCUUCUUCCGCGUCUACCUGGCCACCUGUCGGGUCGCGAUCGGCUACUUCCGCGGCUCCUGGGAGGCCCAUGCGCAGGCCAGCAAGGAAGUUCAGGAGGAGUGUGUGCCCCUUAAGACGGGGCCCACCGCUGUCCUCAACGUCAUCGCAUACAUGCCCUUCAUGCUCGUGCUGAACCGGCUGGCAGGGUUCUCGCUGGAAUACCAACGCUUCAUCGCCAUCUACUCCUUGGCGCCCAUGCUAGUGAUGUGUUUGUGCUACUACUACUACAUCUUCCGGGCAAACAUGUUCCAGUUCGGCGUCAAGGAGGUGGCGGGCUGGAUCAACAACUGGGUCAUGGGCACGGCAGUUGCGAUGGUCUCUUUCACGCAGUUGGCGCUGCGCUACCUGAUCCUUCUCUACCUGGAGCGAUUCCUUCCAAGCUGGAUGCAAGGCUACAUCGAGUUCCCGUUGAGUACAAUCGAGUCCAGUGUGCAAAACACUGUGCUUAUCAUGUACGCAAUGGGGGCGGUGCUGCUUGUAUCGUGUCCAGUUUGGUGCAAAGGCUUCCAGGUAGUGCAUGAUGUGCUCCAGAGAGACAACCACCUGAGCAAGUCGGAAGCGAUCAUGGAGAUUCUGUACACCACGUCGCAAAAUGCGGUCGUGACACAGCUACAGACGGCAUUGGCUAUUCUGCAGAUGAACUGUGGCUACCCGUACCACUACAUCCACUAUGCCGUGGUGAUGGUCGAGCACAUGUUUUUUCAUCGCAUGGUGGAGUUCAAGUUUGCGUGGCUUCACAAGUUGUGCCACGAGGUUCAGCCCUUGUACCGCCUGGCUCACUUGGAACAUCAUAUCUGCAAGGGUACCUAUGCAACCACUCCAGCAGCUGGAAUUUGGGAAGCAUGGCUAGAAGGCGGCACUCUCUUCUUCUGCAACAGCCUCGCCUGCAUUCCUUACCUUCUCUUCCACGCUGCAUAUUCCGGUCCUAAUGUGGUAACUCAUACGAUGUGGCCGCACAAGUCGUGCAUUCAGUGGCACACACUUCACCACUUGGUACAUAGUGAUGUCUAUGCCAUCAAUGUUCCCAGCAAGAUGGACAAGCAGUUCUCCAGGGACGUGAAGCAGUAUCAGGAGAGGCUGCAGUGCUCGUUCUUUGUGCGCUACGCUGAUGCCUCGGAUGGGAUCGGAUUCCUAGUAGCCUUCGCGUUCGGCAUCCUCCUGAACUAUGGGUUUAGCGUCGGGAUUUUCCAGGUGUGGCACGAACGAAUGCUUCAUAUGACAGCUUGA